CAUUGCUGUCUUGUGUAUCAUCCAUGUUUUUAAUAGAGUUUCAUUCUCGGUGUUCGCAAAUCGGGUCCGUAUAUUCUACAGAAGCGGAAUUUCUUCUUUGUAAGGCCCUACACACACACAUUCAAGAUGGGACGAAGAUCUAUAAGUACAACGAAGAGUGGGAAGUACAUGAAUCCCACAGAUCAAGCACGAAAAGAAGCAAGAAAAAGAGAGUUAAAAAAAAAUAAGAAACAACGCCAGAUGGUCAGGGCCGCUGUACUCAAGGGCAAGGAUCCGCAACAGCUCAUACUGGAUCUGCAAAGGAUUGACGAAAUGGAAUACAAUGUGCAGAAUCCUCCUCCCUUGAGUGAGAAAGUGCUGAAGGACAAGCGUAAAAAGCUCAGGGAGACUUGGGAUCGUGUCCUUAGGCUUUAUCAAAAAGAGGACCCAAAGCACUUCUCUGAACUAAAGCACAUGGAACUUGAGUAUGAGGACAAGCGAGACAAGCUGGUUCGAUACUUUGAAUCUGUAAAGUUUGCGCAGCAGGUAGAAGUGGACCAGAUUCCCCUUCCCAGCGCCCCCAGUGCCCCAGUUGUUGCACCAGCCAUGAUCCCAUUGCCAAUUGAAGUUCCUGCCUCAAUUCUCAAGAAGCCCACAAGACCUGAGUCAUUCCGCAAUGCCCCUGGUGUGCCCCCAGGUCCCCCUCCAGCCCUAUCGGAUGAUGAGGAUGAUGGUGAACCCACCCCUGAAGCAAUAGAGAAGGCAUUGGAAGAGAAGAUAGACAAGCAAGCAAAGACACGCAAGAUACGGUUCGCGGACGAAGGAUCGGACCGGCCUCCCGGGGUGGAUGACGACCGUGAAGUUUCCAGUUUUCUCAAAGAUAUGGAGAUGAGCCAGAAGCAUCGAGAACGACCAACAAUGGGUUUGCCUCCUCUCUCGCUGCCCCAAGCUCCUCGCAGCCGUCCCCCUCCACCUCCUCCCCUUCCCAUGCAACAACCUCCUCCACCUCCGGGGGUUCCUCCCCUUGGCCCACCUCCACCGCUUGGCCCUCCUCCGCCUGCUCUUGGGCUUCCACCCAGACUACCCCCUCUCCCGAUGGGCCACCCGCCACCCAGGAUGCCACCCCGCACUGCUCCAGCGGCACCGCUCGUGUUGUCGGCUCCUCCAAACCUGAUCGCGCGCCCGCAGGGGGUGCAAGGUUCCACGGGUGCAGAAGACCGUUCCUCGGCGAGCGGUGGGGCGACUAUCGAGGCCAAGCCGCAGCUGCGAAAUUUGAGUGCAGACGUGACACGGUUCAUGCCGACAUCUUUGCGUGUGAAACGAGAACCUGGAAAACGGCCAUCCAACAAGGACGGUGUGGUGGCCCCAACUCCAACGUCUGUGUCUGCGCCUACUAAAGAUGACGCUUACGAAAUGUUCAUGAAAGAAAUGGAGAACUUGCUUUAACCUUGCCAAAUGCACCAGCGGCUUCAAAUGUAAAUAAAUAAAGGCAGUGUUGCUUGGUC